AUGGAGUCAAUUCAGUCUGCUUUUAAACCAGUCACACAAAGAGAGUUAUUUAUUAUUGUGAAUGGAUUAGAUUAUAUCAUUAGUCAAUCUUAUACUCAGUCCAUUGAGUCUUCUGUUUCUAAGACUAGUCCACAAAGUCUUCAAAGAAAGAGAAUACCAAAAAAGAAGAAGAAGUGGUCUUUAGAGGAUAAAAAAAGGGCAGUAAAAUUAGCUAAAACAAUGGGUGUAACUCAUACUAUAGAUUAUCUUUGUGGGAUUAAUCCUAAUAUAUUUUCUGGAUUAUCUCCUUCUACUCUUCAAUAUUGGAUAACUCAAUCAGAAGGUAGAAAAAAAAAGUUGCUAUGA